AUGGCGGUAAAUCGGAUUCAAAAGGCAUUUGCCGCACCUAGGAAAGGCGAGACCUUUGAGCUUAGAGCAGGAUUGGUUUCUCAAUAUGCCUGGGAGAGGAAGGAAUCCAUUCAGAAAACUAUCAUGGCGAUGACGCUGGGUAAGGAUGUCUCAGCGCUGUUCCCCGAUGUUCUCAAGAACAUUGCAACGGGAGACCUCGACCAGAAGAAGCUGGUGUACCUUUACCUGAUGAACUACGCCAAAUCGCACCCAGACCUGUGCAUCCUCGCGGUCAACACAUUCGUCCAAGACUCGGAAGAUCCGAACCCUCUUAUACGAGCUUUAGCUAUACGGACAAUGGGAUGUAUCAGGGUGGAUAAAAUGGUGGACUACAUGGAAGAACCGUUACGGAAAACGUUACGAGACGAGUCGCCCUACGUACGCAAGACCGCUGCCAUCUGCGUAGCCAAACUCUUUGACCUCAACCCAUCCAUGUGCAUAGAGAACGGCUUCCUCGAGACUCUGCAGGAAAUGAUUGGCGAUCCGAACCCCAUGGUUGUGGCCAACUGUGUCCAAGCUCUCUCCGAGAUUCUCGAGACAGCCCCUGAGACCAAUGCCCUCAUCAUCACGCCUACGGUCCUCAAGAAACUCUUGCUAGCACUCAACGAAUGCACUGAGUGGGGGCGGGUUACCAUAUUGACUGCGCUUGCGUCAUAUCAUACCAACGACUUGAAGGAGUCGGAGCAUAUCUGCGAGAGGGUAGCGCCCCAGUUUCAACAUGUUAACCCCAGUGUGGUCCUGGCCGCCGUCAAGGUCGUUUUUAUGCACAUGAGGGCAGUCAAUGCUGACCUCGUUCGCCAAUACCUCAAGAAGAUGGCACCUCCUCUUGUCACCCUGGUCUCUUCUGCGCCCGAAGUUCAAUAUGUUGCCCUCCGAAACAUCGAUCUCCUUCUCCAGGCUAAACCCGAUAUCCUUAGCAAGGAGAUGCCAAACGAGAAGAACUGCGAGCAACUACUAGCAGAGCUGAAGGAGUACGCGCUCGAAGUUGACAUGGACUUUGUGCGCCGCGCAGUCAAGGCCAUUGGCCAAGUUGCCAUUAAAAUUGAGAGCGCCAGCGAGAAGUGCGUCAACACCUUGCUAGACCUCAUCGCCACCAAGGUCAACUACGUUGUUCAGGAGGUAGUUGUGGUGAUCAAGGAUAUUCUGCGAAAGUAUCCCGGUUAUGAAGGCGUCAUCCCCACCCUGUGCACCUACAUCGACGAGCUUGACGAGGCUGAUGCCCGAGGAUCUCUUAUCUGGAUCGUUGGUGAAUAUGCCGAGAAGAUUAACAACGCAGAUGAAAUCCUUGCCAGCUUCGCCGAAGGCUUCAUGGAGGAGUUUACACAGGCAAUCGUCAAGCUGUUCCUCAAGAAGCCCGCAGGCAACCAGGCACUCGUGCAGAAGGUGCUGCAAUCAGCGACAGGGGAGAGUGACAACCCUGAUAUCAGAGAUAGGGCAUACGUUUACUGGCGCCUCCUGUCCGGAGAUCUAGACGUCGCCAAGAACAUUGUUCUUUCACAAAAGCCCGCGAUCUCAACCACAAUCGCGAGUCUCCCUUCGGCGCUCCUCGAGCAAUUGCUCGGCGAGCUUUCGACUUUGGCUUCCGUGUACCACAAGCCGCCCGAGUCGUUCGUUGGCAAGGGUCGCUUCGGAGCGGACGAGAUCCAGCGCGCUGCUAUUCAGGAACAGCGCCAGAACGCGGCCGAGAAUCCCAUCGCUGCCUCAGUGGCGGCGGCCUCGGGCAACGGCCCGCCUCAGAACAACCUCGAGAAUCUUCUAGACAUUGAUUUCGAUGGUGCAGCCCGCAUCCGCGGAACCCAGUUCUGGAUCGGCCGCCCCGGGUGGUGGCAUGGCGGAUAUGAUGGGCCUGUUUGA